AUGUUAAGGUACGGAUUGUUGGGUUUAAAACCUGCUUUAAACGCUUCAAUAAAGAGGAAUUUGAGUGGGACUGGUGCAGUAGAAGGACAAAAAGCUAUUAGAUAUCUGAAAUCGCAAAAGAUUAGACAAAAAAAUGAAGCCAUUCAAGCUUCCAUUAAAAAUGCUCUAGAUACUGUUGAUCCUGUCCUUGGUAAAGCUGAUACUCCUUUUAUCAAUCGUAUUUUAUCUGAAUUAGAAGAGAAAAAUGUUUUAGCAGGAGGUCAUACUAAAGACGAAGUUGAAAAAUUAAUUGCUGCCAUCGAGGCUAAGAAUAUAGAUGAAUCUACUCGUAAUGUGCAAGGUUCCCUAUUAACACAAAAUGACACUACUUCAUUAUUAUUAAAACCAGAUGAAAAAAUGUUUGCAACGAGACGUGAAGCAAUACUGAGGAUUUUAAAUAUUAAGAAUUCAGAUAGUAAAAAUAGAGUUAAACUAGCAACGCGUCUUGCUAUUAAAGAAUUUCAAAGAUUCGAAGGUGAUGUUGGAUCAAGUGAAGUACAAGCUGCUUGUAUGACUAUUAGAAUUUAUAAUAUGGCUAGAAAUCUAAAAGAACAUCAUAAGAAUUUUGCAAUGAUUAGAUCAUUAAGAAUGUUAGUUCAACAAAGACAAUCUAUUUUACGAUAUUUAAAGAGAGAUAAUCCUGAAAAAUAUUUUUGGACUAUUCAAAAAUUAGGUUUAUCUGAUCUUUCGGUCACUAAAGAAUUUAAUAUGGACAGACAAUAUAUGCAAGAUUUCAAAUUUUAUGGUGAUAAAAUACUUGUUAAAGAAUCUAAAAAUGAAACAGAAAGAAAACGUAAAGAAGUGAGAAAACAAAAAAAGUUAUCAAAAAAUUCAGCUUCGAUAGUCGAAGAGAAUUCAAAUAUUGUUGAAAUUGGCAUGAAACAAUAG